AUGGCCGACAACCUGGCUUUUGAGGGCCUAGUUCCCAACGAAUACUUCACAUACGAGGGCCGUCUGGGCUCUUUCCAUCAGGUCUACCCUGCACCGAAGAGGCGCCAGUCUGGCGCUACCAAGGGCGGAUCCAAGAACCUGGUCUGGCCUCACAUGAAAUAUCUCGCGCCGGAGGAGCUCGCGAAAGCAGGCUUCGUUUGGCGCCCGUUCCCCGAUAACCCCGACAACGUUGCAUGUUUCCUGUGCAACAAGUCUCUCGAUGGCUGGGAAGAAGGCGACAAGCCCCUUGAGGAGCACCUGAAGCAUUCUCCGGACUGUGGAUGGGCCAUUGUCGCAGGCAUCGAGGUCAACCUCAACGGUUUGGCAUCGGAGGAUCCUGCCAGCACCCGAAUGAUCGCGGCCAGAAAGGCAACUUUCGAUGGGAGGUGGCCUCACGAAGGAAAGAGAGGCUGGAAGAAUAAGAUCAAACAGCUCGCCGAGGCAGGCUGGAAGUACACGCCUUCCCUCGAGUACAACGACAUGGCCACAUGCACCUACUGCGAGCUUGCCUUGGACGGCUGGGAACAGAACGACAAGCCCAUGGACGAGCAUUUCAACCGAUCACCCGACUGCCCGUACUUCGCCUUGGUACAGCAACACGCCGCCACAAGAAAGACCAAGGGCAAGGGAGCUAGAGGCUCCAAGACAACGGCGAGGCUUUCUGUGCAAUCCGUAGCGACGGCAGCUUCCGACAUCACAUCAACUUCAGAUAUUGCUGCCGAGUACGACGACAGCGUUCUGACGACAAGCUCCACCAUGGCCGGCAAGAAGGGUUCUCGCGCCAAGAAGGCCGCAACAACCACGAAGACCAGGAAGACCAAGGCCAAGAAAGACGAGCCUGUCGAAGUGGUUGAGAACGAAGCGAUGCUGGAUGAGGAGAUGCCACCUGCACCUCCCCCCAAGCCAACACGAGGACGCAAGCGGCCAAGUGAGGAGGUGGACGAAUCUGCACUCACAAUCUCGGAGGCGCCCGCUCCCAAGAAACGUACGGCCCGUGGUCGUGGCAAAGCGACGACCGACAACUCGACGCUCGAACAUUCACAGCAAGACAUCAGCAUCGAGGAUGCACCACCUCCCGCGAAGGCGUGCAAGGGCCGCAAAACCGCCCGCGCUUCCGGGACCAAGGGAACGCGUAAAGCCUCGGGCACGUCACAGAGAUCAACAGCCUCGAUAGCGUCACUUCGCGCCGCCCCCGGCGCUUUUCCUGGCGAUGAUGAUGAUGACGAGAUCACCCGGCAGCUUGAGGCUGACCUGGAACGCCCACUGACGGACGAUGAGGAUAUUAUGCAAGACUCCGAUUCCGAAAGGAAAAGGGAACCCGCAUCGAAGGCCAAAAAGAAAAAGAGCCACUCUGGCAAAGACGCCAUCAGCCCCGAACCCCGGGGAAACCAGGAGAUGUUCGAUGCCGAGCCAUAUGUGGCAGACGAAAACGACGUUGAUGAAGACUUGAAGCGCCUUGAGGCGGAGAUGACCGUUAAUGAAUCCGAAUUGCUCGAGGUGCCCAAGAAGGGCCGGAAGGCCGCUGGAACCCGCAAGGUAUCAAAACAGACCAAAGCUCAAAAGGCCAAGGCGACCAAAGCUGCUGUUCAGGAGGAUGAACUAGCCGCAACCUCCACCGAGCCUGCCAAGGUGGAGGAGCCUGUUGCCAUGGAGGUAGACGAACUCAGCACCGCCACAGUUGUCACUAAGCCUGCCCGUAGUAGCACAGGCAAAAAGCGUGGUCGUCCCUCGAAGGCGUCUCUGGCCUCGCGUGCUUCCAUGGAAGGUGUUCCCGAGGUCGAAAAGGUGGAAGUCGUCGAACCUGACCAUGUUGCGACUGUGCCAGAAACCGAGAACGUGGAAGCUGAACCCGAAUCUGAGGUUGAAACAGAGUCUGCGGAAACCUCGGCGCGCCAGUCAUUUGCUUCUGCGCAACAAACACAUGCGCCUGCUGAGCAGCAAGAUGAACUGGCAGGUAGUCCUGGGGAGCGUGAGGAGCACGAUACUCUCGAGGAACCUGAGCUGCCUGAGGAGAUUGAAGAGCCUGAAGAAGUCGAAGAGAUCGAAGACGUCAAGGAUGUUGAGGAGGCCGACGAAGUCGAGGAGGAACCUGAAGAAGAAUCUGAGCCGGAACUGGAGAACGGGGAUGACAAUGACGCCGAGCCAGAGUUGGAGGCACCUGAACCCACACCGAAAAGCGCCCCGAAGGAGAGCUCACCGGCCCAUCCCUCGUCACCCGUGGUCGCCUCAUCUACUCGUCGCAGUCUUCGGCACCAACAGGGGACAACUCGCAUUUCUCCUGCCCAGUCCGCCCGACAAGCAGCAGUCUCGCCGUCGCCUUCGCCUCAGUCAUCUGAUGCUGAGAAUCAACCUCCCUCCUCGAGACCUUCCACCUCGCAGAAACGCGUGACGCACGCUCCCACUUCGUCCAUCCCAGCGCGGCCAAGCUCCCCGACUAAGCGGAAGGCUUUGGCCAGUCUCCAGAGCACAACGCCCUGGAACCCGGUCGACAUUGACCUCAUUUUCGGAUCCCCUGAAAAGAACGACAAGAGGAACCCCGUUGACAGGCUGUUGCACAAGGGCUCAGAGCUGACCAGCCCGGAGAAACGGAUGACGGUGGAGGAGUGGAUUCAUCACAACGCGAACCAGGCGGAGGCGAAGCUGCGGCAGGAGUGCGAGACCAUGGUCAGCAAGUUUGAGAGCGAGGGAAGCAAAGCCAUGAACGUUUUGGAGGGCUUGAUUGUGGAAUAA